UCGAUUCGAGGGCGUUAUUGAUCGAUUCUACUGGUAGAGUUAGCUAGCUCGAGUGGUCCCACGAGUCCAGUCGAUGGUUAGCGCGUGUUAACUGCGCGCAUCGGUCGAACAUCUUAAACACUACAUCUAACACGAAUAAUAAUAGGCACUCGCUCGCUCGAUCCGCUCCUGCACGUUCGCGCUUGCCUGGAAGAAGAAAUAGCGAGUGUGCUAUCAGUGCUAAGCGAUAUCGUUAGUCGUUUUAGCUAGUCCGUUAGUUCGGUUAGCUUCGAAAAUUUUCCUGUUUCUCGUUAGCAGGAAACUUGACGGGAAGUAUUCCUCUCCUUUUCUUUCUUCCGACAUGUGGCUAUCACAAGGCGAACAGUAAGAAGUAUCUUCUGAUUAACAGGGUAUCCUUCAGUGAAACGUUUCAAGGAUCCCCUCGACCUAUUUUUUGUCUUGCUUCUGCUAGUGGUGCUGAUGGUGGCGGUGGUGGUGGUGAUCGUGAAGGAGGAGGAGAAAGAGGUGGUGGUGAUACUGCUUAGAAAAAAGCGAGCAGUAUGAACUAGGCAAAGACGGAGAACGCGCGGAUGCGCCACGGCGUUGCCCUUGCGACGCGAGAAAUCAAUAACUUAAUACGAAAGUGGAGGAUGACGAAUAGUGUCACGGUCAAUUAAUAGCGUUCGUAAUCGUUAGUCGAUCUGAAAAUGAUAAUUCUGGAAAAGAUCUGAAAAUGAUAAUCCUUUUACUAGAUUCUUCGAUGAAAGAAUCAUUGUACAAGAAUCAAUGAAAUAAAAAAAGUCUGAUAUAUCGAUUUUGACGUCUCUGUGAGAUGAUAUAAUUAUUUAGGAAGUAUGUUCAUAGAGCUUUUUAAAAAGCUGAUUUAGACUUUCAGUUACAGGCUGAUAUCACAAGAUCAAAGAAUGAAAUAGCCAUGAUCGCAGUAGGAAGUGAGGUCGAAGAGAAACCAUUGGCAGAAAUCUUUUGCAUAUAUUGUAUAAAACGGUGACAGAGCAUCAGAUGGCAACCAUGGAUAUACAAAAGAAGCAACUUUGUCCACGUUUGGUGGACUAUCUUGCUAUUGUGGGAGCCAGAUCGGCUCCGAUCUCUCGUCAGCCUGUGCAGGUUCCAGAAUUGUUGCGCAGAUAUCCGGUGGAGGAUCACAAAGAUUUUCCCUUACCUCUGGAUAUGGUGUAUUUUUGUCAACCAGAAGGUUGCAGCAGCGUGGGACCUAAACGCACAGCCUUACGAGAAGCUACGUCUUUCACUUUCACCCUCACGGAUAAGGACUCAGGAAAAACACGAUAUGGCAUUUGCGUUAAUUUCUAUCGACCUAUAGAAAGGGCUGGAACAAAUGCACGUGGUGGUAUUUCAAUGAGAAGAGACAAAUACAAUACCACUUUUAGAAGGGAGAGUUGGAGAAAGAGUAUGGAAAAAAGUACAGAUUCUGCAUUUUCUAGCGACUAUAGAAGCAGCGCGGUGGGUCCUAGUGAUUCUGAAAAAGAUUGCUCCAGUAGCAGAAGAGAUUCUGACACGUCCCAUGCGCCUUACGCACCGAGAUUGGGUGUUACAGCACCAAGUGGUGACAGUGAAAGUGGUGGUAGUCAUUCUCCUUCACCACGAGCUUCUCGAAGGCGGCAGAGGAUUCGAAAUCAUUCCUUAACAUCACUUUGUAUCAUUUCUCAUCAUCCAUUUUUUUCGAUGUUCCGAGAAUGUCUUUUCGUUUUGAAGAAAAUCAUUGAUGCAUGCAACGAUAAUUCAACUCCUCAAAAAGUAGGAGCUUCGAGGCAAACUAAUAGAGAUUCAGUGUGGAGUGUUCUUAGUGGUCAAGUUUUGGAAGGGACUCCGUCCAUCGUGUUACACGAUAUACGGGAGAUCGAAACCUGGAUCCUGAGAUUGCUGAGCAGUCCAGUGCCAGUGCCAACGAAAACGCGUGUAGAAAUCGAAAUAGUAUCAUCGAUUAUACAGCCUUCACUCUGUUUUGCUUUACCUGAUCAUACAAGAUUUUCUUUGGUUGAUUUUCCUCUACAUUUGCCUCUCGAACUUCUUGGCGUUGAAAUAUGUUUGAAAGUUCUCACUCUCAUUUUAUUAGAAAAUAAGAUCGUAUUACAAUCACGAGAUUAUAAUGCUUUGUCGAUGUCGGUGAUGGCAUUUGUCACAAUGAUCUAUCCCUUAGAAUACAUGUUCCCUGCAAUACCAUUGUUACCAACCUGCAUGAGCUGCGCGGAACAACUAUUACUGGCUCCAACGCCAUAUAUCAUCGGAAUACCUGCCUCUUUUUUAAUGUAUAAGAAAAAUUUCAAAAUGCCGGAUGAUGUCUGGUUGGUGGAUCUCGAUAGCAAUAAAGUAACUGCACCUCCUGGUUCGGCGGAUCAAUUACCACCCUUGCCUGAACCGGAAGGUACCAUACUAAAGAACCACCUGAAACAGGCAAUGCAACUGAUGGAUCAAGUUGGCUCUGGUACAAUGGGUAGUAUGUCCGCUUCGCAAGCUAUACCACCAGAUACUUGGUCAUCACGAUUGUCCUCUCAAUCUCCAAGCAGAAGAGAAAGUUCAGCAUCUCAACAUUCUCAGAAUUUAAGCGUGUCGACAAUGAGGCACAGACCGAGCGUUGAUUACCAACAUGGUCACGGUCAACAAAGCCCAUUGGGUGGCAACGCAUCACAGCUACGUCGUCCAUCGUUGACAGCUGCGAUGGUAUCAGCUUCAGCAUCUGGAGGAAGUGGUACGCCUUCUCCUUCAUCAUCAUCGCCAGUACCUGGACCUGGGACCACAACAGGCAGUGGAACAUCAACAACUUCGAUUACAGCUCCACCAUUUAACCCCUUUAUCUACGGUAACGACGUUGAUUCGGUUGAUAUUGCAACACGAGUGGCUAUGGUCCGCUUCUUCAACUCCCAAAAUCUUUUGGCCAACUUUACUGAGCACACACGCACGCUGAGGCUCUAUCCAAGACCCGUAGUUGCAUUUCAAAUAAAUUCUUUCCUCCGUUCGAGACCAAGAGCAAGUCAGUUUCUGAACAAAUUUGCGCGCACACAAGCUGUUGAAUUUCUCGCCGAGUGGUCGCUUACACCUAGUAACGUUGCUUUUUUGAGAGUACAAACCGGUGUCUUUGAUCCGGCGCAAAUCGGUGAUAAGUCAAAAUGGUACGCUGCGAAUCUUGAGCCAAUACAUUUCAAAGUUUGGGAUAACUCUAGCUCUUUGGCAAACGCCUUAAAUGCGCUGAAGGAGUUAGAGAGUCAGCCGACUGACGAGAGUGGUUCGGAUUCAGAAGGAGCAGAAAGCACGAGCUCUUCUUAUUCUUCUCUCAGUGAUUUCGUUUCGGAAAUGGCAUCGUCGGAUUUAUCACCAAGCUAUAAUUGUCCUCAAGUCAGUCAACCUCAACAAAUGGCACUUUCGAUUGACCCAAAGAACAUUUAUAAUCCACCAAGUUCAUUGCAAUAUCCUGGCGUAGAAGAAGAAUCACCGGCACGUCCUGAAAGUCCACCAAGUACAUCCUCCAGUCAUAGCGAUCUCAGCAGUCCGAGUUUUAAUAGAGACUCCGAAUUGGAGUUGAAUCCUAAUGCUCUCGAAACAUCACAAUCUACCAAUGUGAUGCCCAGUGGAACGAGUCUUCAGAGACAACCAAGCGUUGGGAAUGUUUUGGCGCGAACAUCCAGCUUUGGAUCUAGCACGAGUCCACUUCUAACACGACAGCUUAGUGGUAGUAUGGAUAAUGAAACUCUUACGGCAUUUCGUCAGCAAUCGAGUACACAGGAUGGACAAAAGAACAAUGCUGGUAUGCCAGGAAAUGGUGUUUUGAGACAAGGAUCACAGGGUUCGUUGUUUGAACAAAUUGCGACUCAAGCAAAGGAUCUUGUACGAGAAACGACUAGACAGAGUAGUCAAGAUGGACUUCUUGCGCAUAUGGAUAAAUUGAAGCAUCAAGCAAAGGAGAAGAUAACUGAAGCAGGCGAAGACAGUUUAUUCGCACCAUUAGAACAGUUGACACAACAAACGAAGAAGGCUGUAGGCGAAGCUACCAAGUCCGUUCAGGAGGCAUCAAAAACAGCUAUCGAAGCUAGCAAGACUGCUGCAGGUGUAAGCAAAAACACUUUGGACGACUUAACAUACAUGGGUAAAAGUACAUUUGGUGAUUUAACAAAGAGUGCUAAGGAAGUCGCAACGAAAAAGGGUUUGCUCAAGAGUAUUGGAGAGUCACAACAAUCUUCACCACCUCAUACUCCACCAUCUUCUGGUAUAACUCAAAGAAGAGAAUCAUCCAGUACUCAAUUGGUUGCCUCAGAUACUCGUUCCGGACGUAGAGACAUAGGGCGUGAUUUCUUUAGCAAUAUUAGUAGCGAUUUAAACGGUAUCGCUGCUCAAACAAGCAGUAUGUUCAGUGAUUUAUUUGGUAACAGAAAUAGUUCUAAUCGGAAUCUUACACAAAGAUCAAAGGAGAAAACUAGCACAUCGUUUGGACCCUUUCCUAAAGUUUCAGGAAAAACAGGUCUCGUUGAGCGUUCAUCGUUAAUAAAGCAUUCUUCGAUGAAAGCUAAUCAAGAAGAGAUGCAAAGAAUGCAAAAUGCAGAACGAUCUAGUACAAACAGCGACAAUCAAGCAUUCUUAACGGAUAUGGUAACACAAGUUCUGGCUGGUGAAGGCGUCGGUUGGCUCAAAUUAAAUAGAUUGAAGAAACUUAUGGAAGAUGAAAGCUAUCGAGACUUGGUUGUUACAAAGCUUAACAAAGGGCUCAAUAGAAAAAUUAGUCCCGAUGAUCACAUUGACGAUGUGUGUAUCUCCAAAUCAGUAUAUAAGGGAAUGCUAAAGUGCCUUCAAGCAGUGGUUCAUGGUCUCGCUCAUACUUAUAGUAAUUUCGGAUUGGGUGGAAUGGCCUCGGUUUUCCAAUUGAUGGAGAUAGCUCAUACUCAUUAUUGGAGUAAGGAUCUAUCGGAAGGAGGUUUCGAUAGUUCACUGUUAUCACAGGCAUCGAGCCCAUUUGGUAGCAAGGAAAAUUUGAAGUCUCCACAAUCUCCGAAUCAAGGUGAACUUCCAGAUAUAUCACAAAGAUUAAGAAGUUCUCAAACGCAAGAAAUACCACCUCAGGUUCAACUUGAAUUCACCCACGGACAACAAACGAGUGACGUUGGGCAAUCAACAACGGACAUGUUUUUGGAUAUGUUCACGAAAAAAAAAAAGUUUUUAUGUAAACUGACGUCAUUCGAUUCUGAGAGUGGGCGGGGAGGUGGAACAGGAAGCAGCGAAGCUUUAUCCACUGACGGAGGUAGCAUUAUCACUAAUCCUGCUUUUCGGCAAGCACACCAAGCUUCUUUCCGAAGCACUGUGUCUGAUAGCGAGGUUGAACAAGGCAAUUUUCCGCGUCAAGGAAAACAACGUACUGGUAGCGUCUGGUCCAGUAAAUCAUCUUUGAGUACAGGCUUCAGAUACCAUGGUGGAAAUUUAAUAUCUACGACACCAAUGUCUAGUCCUGAAACAGCACGAACUUAUCUCUUUGAAGGUCUUUUGGGUAAAGAAAGAUCCAAUCUUUGGGACCAAAUGCAAUUCUGGGAGGAUGCUUUCCUAGACGCUGUAUCGCAAGAACGAGAUAUGUUGGGCAUGGAUCAGGGUGCAGGAGAAAUGAUGGAAAGAUAUAAGAGUUUGAGCGAUAGCGAAAGACGUCGGUUGGAACACGACGAGGAUCGAUUGUUAUGCUCCCUUUUGCACAAUCUCACUGCGAUCUUGGUAAUGCUAAACGUUGAUAAAAACGAGGUGAAACGUAAAGUACGGAGAUUACUGGGAAAGAGUCACAUCGGUUUGAUUUACAGUCAGGAGCUUAAUCAGCUUCUCGAUCAGAUAAACAACCUCCAUGGAAACGAUAUCGAUCUGAAGCCAUUGACGUCUCGACAAAUGCAUCGUCAAUCCUUCACCGUUCAUGCUGGAGUCGAUGCUGACGGUGAUUUAAGAUUCCUCGAAGUUCGUCAUGACGGUCUUGUGUUGAGAUCGGUAAACGGAGUUAUCGUUGAACGUUGGUGGUAUGAACGAUUGGUAAACAUGACCUACAGUCCGAAAAACAAGGUCCUUUGUUUAUGGAGACGAAACGGUGGUCAAACACAAUUUCAUAAAUAUUAUACAAAGAAGUGCAAAGACCUUUACUACUGUAUAAAAGAUGCUAUGGAAAAAGCCGCUGCUCGUGGAAGAGGAGGAAACAUCGGUAUUGAGCUGGGAGGUGAAUUUCCGGUUCAAGACAUGCGUACAGGAGAGGGUGGACUUCUUCAGGUUUGCAUGGAAGGUGUUGGUCUUCUCUUCGCGAAUAGCAAGGAUUUCGAGUUUUUUGUAAGACUCGAUCAUAUCCGCAAGUGCUUUACUCAAAAGGAUGGAAUCUUUGUUCUGGAAGAAUUUAAUCCUAAAACUAGACAAGUAAUCCAACGUAAAUAUAGAUCGCAAAUGGCAGAUCAAAUCUGUUAUGCGGUACUCUGUGUAUUCUCUUAUUUGGCUGCUGGCUUAGAGCAACGUAAACAACAACCACAACAACAACAACAACAACAACAACAACAACAACAACAACAACAACAACAACAACAACAACAACAACAUCAGCAGCAGCAACAGCAACAAUUGCGCCAACAGCAGCAGAAACAGCUACGUCAGCAACAAUUGCAACAGCAGCAACAGCAAUUGAAGCAUCAGCAUCAGCAAUUGCGUCAACAACAACAACAACAACAACUGGAGGUACACCAACAUGUGCAGCAGCAACAAUUACGUCAACAACAGCUGCAACAACAGUUACGUCAGCAACAGCAACAGCAACAGCAACAGCAACAGCAACAGCAACAGCAACAGCAACAGCAACAGCAACAGCAACAGCAACAGCAACAGCAACAGCAACAGCAACAACAACAACAACAACAACAACAACAACAACAACAACAGAGAUGGCAGCAGCAGCAACAGCAAAUGUCACCACGGGAUGAAAAUAUUCCUCAAGUCGUACAGGGAAAUACGAAUACACAAUUUGAACCCUUUCUUCAACAGCACUGACACAAAGGCAGGCACUCUCUCCCAUUCGUGCAUAAUUAUAAUAAAUGCGCUCCUUACGCUUGUCUACCUUGGGUAUAAAUGAAUUUAAUGUAAAACAUGAGAUAUCCUUUUUAUUAUUCGACCUUGGAAUAUCCAAUAAAUGUUUGUCGGCGUGGUAUUUUCCUACAAGAAAACAAGCAAAGCUUAGAAAUUCCUCGUUUCUUACGCUUUAACUGCUUUGUUCUUGACUCGUUCGACACUUCCAUUAUAACAUGUGAUAUAUGUAAUCAAUAUACAAAAUAAAGUGCACUGAACAAAGAAAUAGAUAGAUAGAUAGAGAGAGAGAGAGAGAGAGAGAGAGA